GGAGUGUUUUCCGCACAAACACCUGAGGAGGAAGCAGACAAAGGCCUGGAAUGAGAGGGAAGCUGCCCAUGCAUGGAAAAUGGGACAGAGGAGGGAGGGGGACUCCUCAGGGACCUAAGCAGACAUAUUAAUUGAAAAAUUAAAAAUUAACUAACAUUUGUAGAGGCCUUCAUAGUUUUCCUCACUUCAGUCUCACCACAGCCCUAUAAGGUAGCCCUUGUUAGCUCACUUUGUAGAACAGGAAACUGAGGCCCAGAGAGGGAGCUAAAGGCACAACCCUGUCUGGGCCUCUUGCAGUCCCUCCACCUGUUGGCUUGCAUCCUGAGACUGGGGUGCCUUCGGCCUGGCCCGUGGGCGCUGUCGCCCAGGGUGGCAGUAGGUGGAUGUGGGCAGACUCCCUGAGUGCACCUCUUGGCUCUCUGGUGGCAGUUCCAGGGCCUGCAGCUGGAGCGAGAGGCAUGCCUGGCCUCCAACUACGCACUAGCCAAGGAGAACCUGGCAUUGCGGCCCCGCCUGGAGAUGGGUCGGGCCGCCCUGGCCAUCAAGUACCAGGAGCUUCGAGAGGUGGCCGAGAGCUGUGCGGACAAGCUGCAGCGACUGGAGGAAAGCAUGCAUCGCUGGAGCCCCCAUUGUGCGCUGGGAUGGCUGCAGGCUGAGCUGGAAGAGGCUGAGCAGGAGGCUGAGGAGCAGAUGGAGCAGCUGCUGCUGGGAGAGCAGAGCCUGGAGGCUUUCCUGCCCGCCUUCCAGCGUGGCCGGGCCCUGGCCCACCUGAGGCGGACCCAGGCGGAGAAGCUGCAGGAGCUGCUGCGGCGCCGGGAGCGGUCUGCCCAGCCAGCCCCCACUGCUGCUGCGGAUCCCCCCAAACCCUUCCCUGCUGCAGCUGUCCUGCCCACUGGGGCCGCCCGGGGGCCACCAGCAGUGCCCCGGAGCCUGCCCCCCUUGGACUCCCGCCCAGUGCCCCCACUGAAGGGCUCCCCCGGGUGCCCCCUUGGCCCAGCCCCUCUGCUGAGCCCUCGGCCCUCGCAGCCAGAGCCCCCCCACCGGUAGGAUCCAGGGUAUGGUCCCCUCAAUGGGGGGCCCAGACAUACUUGAUGCGUGGCUCCUCCUCCUCCCCAACUGUCUGGGUGGGGGGAGGGGCAGGCCCCUCCCCCUGGCCUCAGGUAGGCCCUGGCCCUGGAGGCUGAGCUGGGGAGGAGGGUCACCUGGAAGAUGCCCUGAGAGAGGGCUGAGGGUGGGGUGGGCAGGGUGUUAUGCCUCUGGAGCUGAGGAAACUCUGCCUUCUUUUUGUCCCCAGUGGGGCCUCCCGGGUGAUGGGCAAGCCCCAGUGAAAGAACUUGACUCAUGGGGACCUGGGAAGGUGCCCACUUCCCCCAAGGGGCCCUGCCUAGGGGGCCGAUUGCACCCUGCCACUCCACUGGACUUGCACAAUGCCAAGGCCGACAGGUGUGCUGUCCAUCAUGUCCUGAGCCUACCUUUCUCCCAGUCUUGGGGCCCACCGCCUAGGAGCCAGGUGGUCAGGCCCCAGCUGCAGGGUCAUGGACACCAUGGCCCUGGGGCUAUUAUGUGCCCCACUUAUGCUUCAGAACCUGGGGCAAGGUAGGCCAGGGGCUUCUGACCUGCACAGGUGAGAGUGGGCCAUCCCCAGGAAAGACCAUUCUGUAUUUUUCUGUCCCGUCUCCUUAGAAUGGAACCUUUUUGAGGGCAGGUCCUUGUCUUUGUAUGUUCUGUCCCCAGCCCCGCCUCCCAGGGGCCGUCAAUAAAUGUGAUGAUGAGGAUGA